UAGAAAUUGACCGUUCGCAACAGAAAACCCUUACGCCUACAUCUCCCAGCAUGCUCGCCGCUGGGGGGCGGAAGUGUCGUCACCCAGCUCGUUAUAAAGCUGCUUCCCAGGCAGCUCCAAUAGAGCGAUACGUAGCGGGGUGAACCUGCCGCGGCUGCGAUGGGACGAGCUCGGAGAAAUGACAGCUUGUGCAGGAAUUUAGGCUGAACUACAUCCAGCCUCAGACAGGACCGCAAACUGUGGGCACGGUCGAACUAUGUGACAGCUGGCAUUUCUCCCCCCGGCAGUAAUCUAUAUUUUUUUUUAUUUUAUUUCAUUUUUAAAUAUUUUUUUUGCUGAUUUUUGAGAAUGGAUCCGGUGAGAUGGGCGCAAAAGUUGACCCGGCGGUGUCCUCUGGAUGUGCUCAAACUCGACUCGAUCUGAUCGCCGGUGGAAAUGCUACCUCUGUGAUCGGGACGGUGAAGUAAUUUGCAGCUACGAGAAGAGGAAGAAGCAGAAGAGGAGAAGGAAGGGGGAGAGAAAUAACGGGACCGGGUGUGAGGGAGAUAACGGAAUUACCUCUGUGACCGGAGAACUGUGCGAGCUGAAUUUCUACGCUCCCCCAGUGAAAUUGUUUUCUAGGUAGACUUGCUUUUUUUGCAUGUUGUUUUUAUUUUGCCGCCUAUAAAUAGAACAAAAUCCAUGUUAGCUAAUUGCUGCACGAAGCUUUAAUCCGUAAAUGUAGGCUAUAAAAGCGUCCAGUAUGACGCUGUCAAAUCGCUGAAAUACACUUUUUCCCCCUUUUUUUUGCGGAUUAGGCGGACAUUUACGCAGCUCCACAGACUGACAGCGUCACCUCAGCUGCCACUGUCCGCAUCCACAACAUUUUCCAUUAUGAUCCUCGCCCAGGGAUUAGCUUUUGAUGACAUAAAGAAUUACAUAAAGAGAGAAUCUGACGCCAACAUUGGCAGUUUUUCGUGAAUUAUUUAGCCGAACCUCUCCAUGCGUACGCUUCCAAAUGGAUGCAUGUGGCCAAAGGGCACAAUCUUUUCUCUCUUUUGUAAUUGUGUUUGUGAAAAAAAGCACAUUUUAAAAGCAGAGACUUGUCAUUUGGCAGUAUGAAAGCAUCAGUGCACGGAUAAGUCAAGUUCUGGCACCUGAGCUGGCUUUGGUGAAGUUGCUUUUACGCACCGGAAAGCAUGCGUCCUGCAGAUAUGAAGAUGAUCUAGGCCUCAUUUUCGUCAUCUUUUUUUAUUAGUUUUGGUGCAAAGAUGCAUGGCUUUUUGCUUUUUGUAGUAAACGAGACAUUCUGCUGUAUAUAAAAUCGCUCUUCUGCUUAUUUUCGGGGUGAGGGGAACAUGCUGUGGAUCCAUCUGUGGUGAUUUUCUCUUGCUGUUUCCAUGCGUCUUUCUUCUCCUCCAGACCUCUGGACGUUGUUGUGGAUUGUGUUGCUAUUUAAUGCAAUGGGCUGCAUCCAGAGUAUCAGGUGUAAGCCCAAGAGUUUCCGAGACAGUAUCAUCGUCCUGGAGCUGAACACUUCCAUCGACUCCAACCCCACCAGCAUCGACGAGGCUUCCAGCGUGGUCCUGCGCUACCGGACGCCGCAUUUCCGAGCCAAUGCCCGAGUCCUGGUGCCGCCAGUAGCCGCUAAAGAGACGUGGACCAUCGGCUGGAUUCAGGCGUGUAAUCACAUGGAGUUCUACAAUACGUACGGGGACAAAGGGAUGUCAAGUUGGGAGCUCCCCGACCUGCGUGACGGCAAAAUCCCAGCCAUCAGCGACUCCGACGGUGUCAACUACCCCUGGUACGGCAACACCACGGAGACCUGCACUGUUGUAGGCCCCACCAAGAAGGACAGCAAAUUCACUGUUAGCAUGAAUGACAAUUUCUACCCCAGUGUGACCUGGGGAGUGCCGGUCAGCGACAGCAAUGUGCCUCAACUUAGCAGCAUCCACCGUGACCAGAGCUUUACGACCUGGCUUGUGGCCAUCAAUCAGGCCACCUCAGAGACUCUCGUCCUGCAGACAAUUCGCUGGAGGAUGCGCCUUCGCAUCCAAGUGGACCCAGAGAAGCCUCUGGGUCACCGGGCCGUUCUGAACGAGCCCGUGGCCCAGGAACAGCCCCGGAUCCUGGGCAAGAACGAGCCCAUCCCUUCUAAUGCCAUGGUCAAACCCAACGCCAAUGACGCCCAGGUGCUGAUGUGGCGGCCAAAGAACGGUGACCCCGUGGUGGUCAUCCCACCCAAAUACUGACCUGUUUCACUGACCAGACUGGCCUUGGAUACCUUAACAGUAUCAUCCCUUCUUUCUUUCACUUCUGCUCUUCACCAGCUGUCUGCUUUAACCUUUCUUUGAUAUUUAUUUACACCCUUUCUUGCCUCUCUAUUCUUCUCUCAUGCUUUAAAAAAGACUGAGAAGAAAACAGGCAAAUGAAACCAGCGCUGAGAAAAAGACCAGCUGUCGCUCUGAGGUGGGGGCUUGAAGAUACUUUUAAAACUGGAGUGAACAAACUGCAACCAUUCUACCUUCAGACUGGGUCGGGUCUCACUGUGCUAAAUCGCAAAAAUGAAAAACAACAGUUUUUUGGGAUUUUUAUUUUUACAUUUUUGCCGUUUGAGCCACGUGUAGGUGGAUUUAAGUAUUUACAUGACCAUGUCUGUGCACAUGCUUCAUACGUGGAUAUGCACAAACUCUGUGUAUGAAUACCAGUUGUGUUUUUAUUUAUGGGCUGAAAGAGAGUGCAUUUAGUUGUGUUUUGAUGUUGUUGUGUCAUUUACAUGACAAACCGCAUUGGGUGACAUAGUAGAUUUUAGUACUUUUUUAAAAAAAAGAAACAUGCAAGACAUUCAAUCCAUGCUGCCUUAAGUUUACAUUGCUUUCCACUGCAAACUUUUUAGCCUUAAAUGAAGUGCAAUGCAGUAUUUGAUCAUUUGUCCCAUUUCUUCCAGACUGUUGGUGCUGGCAUGUGUGGGUUUAGGACAGGAAAUGCAAAAGAAAAAGAGCCGGGUCUCAAAUCUAGACUCAAAUCUGUUGUCUAACAAGUGUAACAGUGCGUUACACAACCAAGCUAAAUGGCUGAGUUUCAAGUGCAUUAUGGGAAAGCCAACACUCGUCAGUAGCACUCAGCGCAAUAAUAUUAACAUGCAAUAACUAGUUCUACAAAAAUCUACUCAAAAGCACUCCACAGUCGACCUCAUGUCAGUCACUUUAUUCUGUUUAUAGGCCGCUGUAGAAUCCAACAGCAGAAAACUAGUUUUCCUUUCCCUAUAUCACUCCAUCUCAGGGCCCUUUUCACUUCCUUCCCUCCUCUUUUUUCAACCAUCCUGUCUUGCCACAGCGAGUGAAUAAGCGCGGCUCACGUUGAACAAUCAAUACCUGCAUUAACAAGCAGUCACGGACGGAGGAAAUAACUUUUAAUAACUGGAGCACAAAAACGGCAACCCUCUUUUUUGUAAGACAAUCUCAUGCAUAUUGUACUUUUUAUCUUUCUUAAACUAUCCGCUUUCCAGCUAAUUAAAUCCAAACAUCUGUCUCUCAUGUUAGCAGAUUUCUGUUUUCUGUCCCUCCUCCUCAAUCACCUCUAAUCUUCAUCUACACCAGUAUUUCUCCUCCCACUCCUCACUUCCUCACCCCCCCGCCCUCUCCUUUCGCUCACUUUUUAUCUGCUGUCGAGGCUGAAAAGCAAAGCAGGAGGCAUGCGGGUUUGAUGUCGACUGCUCGGUUGGCAUAUAGAUGACCCACUUCUCUGCCUUGCCAGUUGUAGCUCUUGCUGCAGAAAUGUGGGGCUCGUCUCCCUUUAUUUCACCGCCAGCGACCGUAAAACACACACACACACACGUAAACAAACAGCAACUGAUAUUGACAUUCAAUGAAGUGACGCCCCGUUCCUGUAAAUCUUAGAGAAGGGCCUCAGCAGCAAGCAGCUUGUAAAAGGAGAAGGAAGGAGGCAUCAGAGUCUUUCACUUCCUUAUCGAAAAUAAGGGUUCUGCGCACAGUUUCUUUACUCUCAGAUGAAACGCCUUGCAGGUUCAUUGUGCCCAGUCUUUGUCAGUGCGUGUUUGGCUCCAACCAAAGAAACUAUUUGCAUGCAGGUCUGAUCUGCUCAUGUAUUUCACAAAGCUCAGUAGUCUGCUGCUUUUACAGCGUACAAACACCUUCAGAAAGCAUCUAUCAGACCAGUUUUUGAGGGGAUUUUCUAAAAAUAAAUUCAGAUAACUGUGUUAAUGUGGCAGAUGUUUUUAUCAGAAACUUAAAGGAAUAGUUCAGCAUUGUGGAAAAUGUGUUCAUUUGCUUUCUUGCUGAGAAGAAUGGCUCUUGCAUAUCUGUUUGCUAAAUGUGAAACUGCAGUCAGGCAAGUUGUUGAGCUUACAACCGAGACUGGAAGAAGAGGAAAAAGUGACAAAUUCACCUACCAGCACCUCUGAGCCUCGCUAACGUUCCUCAUUCAUUUGCUCUGUGCAAAAACAGAAGUAUGAAAAUGACUGCAUCUUUACAUUUAGCACUCAGAAGUGACAGCAAUGACAAUCUUCUUGUCUAACUCACAGUGAGAAUGCGUACAAGGCUGUUUUCUGAACUGGCGAAAUGUUUCUUUAUGCACGGCUGAAAUGGUUUCUAGUAUAAAUUCAAAUGUGCGCUAGCGCAGUAGAAUUGCAACCUUAUGCUCCGUAGUCUGUGGAGAAUCUGCUGGCUGGAGGCUCUGCAAUUAAAAGUCGCACAAUAUCCAGCUGAACCAGCGCUCAAAGAUCAAAUCCAUUCAUGCCAUGAGGUAAAUUACUAUUGCAUUGGAAGCUCAUGCAUGGCUCAAAUCCCGACACUCCCGCUUGGCUCGGGUCGUGUUUAACCGAGAUAGCCUCUGCUCCGGGCUGAGUCACAGGGCAGCGUGGUGAAGGGUGAAGGAGAAGAGAAGUAAGAGGCUACUGGGGGACUGCUGUCAUAAUUAGAUCUGCAGUGACACACUUCCAUGCCCUAGAUGGGCUGAACUGUGCCGAGUUGUGCUAAGCAAGGCGAGGGGCUAAAGCCAGAAUCGUGGUUGAGGUCAAAAUAGCAAAGGUCAUGGGCAAAAGUGUCUGUCUGCAGUCCUAAAAUACACAACAGCAAUACGAGGGCGACAACAAAUUGAAUCCAUUCAGACAUUAAUGCGGGCUUAAAAUAACUCUGACAUUUCCAAGAACUGCUUGGACGUCAGCCAUGAGUUAUUUUCAAUUUGCGGUUUUGUGUUGAAGGCGGCAGAGAAAAGCUGUUAUGAACUCCGUGACCUUUAACCCAGCAUAAUAUGGAUCCACUUUGGGCCGCUUGUAAUGUCUUGGACACCGCACUCAAGCCGGACUACACGUAAUGUCAUUAAACCUUGACGCAAAGCGUGGCCAACGAUGUGCGCUUUAAAUCCCGCUGAAGGGAUUUAGACGGGAUGAGGAGUUUCACUGAUCGUGCUUCUGCUGUUGUCGAGUCAUGACUCUUUCACUCGGUCGCACUCGCACAAAACACACAUUGAGCGUGGGGAAGGUUGUGUCCUUGUCAUAAAACGGGGACUGAGCUCGGCCUCCGCAAACACACAGAGACGCCCUGAGGGGAAAGGAGCGGGCCUGGCGUGGUAUCUGAUUGUCACAGCAGUGUCACAUUGGCAGUGUGAACUCAUUUAUCAGCGCCGCACGUGGACCGUCUGAACACAAGCACAUGCUGCAAAGCCAUAUGUACAAACACACCUGUUUGCUCAUAAACAGAGAGUCACAGGCAACAUGUAUCGCUGGUGAUGGCAGAAACUGGAAUACGUAAAAUGAGAUAUUCGCAAGGUAGCCUCAAAAAAGAAAGAUCAGCAUCAGAAUUUUUUGAUUAUACCAAUGUUUUGGUGAAUCUGGGCCUUCGUUAAGAGGGUCAAACACUGGAUAUUACAAAAGAGAAAACAAGAAAUGGAAGUAUCGAGGUCACUGAGUGGGUGUCUGUCAACUGUCAGCAGCUUUUUGUAUUAUUUUGGAGGGUACUAAUUGUUCUCUCUGUGUGUGUCUCAUUCAGCGUAUAUGAUUAUGACGUAUAUUUCAUGUUCCCACCGCAGAAAAACUUCAUGUGCUUCCUUAACUGAGCCACAGAAAAACAAAGUUUUGUUUAUGUUUUGCUGUAUAUGUGUAAUGGCAAAAAGUGCCAAAAUUGGACAAAGCCAAAACUAUGCACUGUUAGAGACUUGUGAACUCAAAAACCUCAUGGCACUUAAUCUACAGGCCUAUUUUCAGUUAUUUUCGAUUAAAAGUAUAUUUGCAUUUCCAGACAAACGUUACAAAUGCAACAAUACCGCCAUGCUCGUAGGGCUGUGCCAAGGGAAGGGAAGCCUCCUCUCCUAAACCCACACCUUUACAGUUCUUCUGAGGGCUGCUACUUCUGCUUCACAUCUUUAUAUAUAUAUGGUUGUUAAUCCCUCUGUGAGACAUCAGUGAAACGUCAUCUCGUUUUUUUCAAAGCAAGUUCAUGCUCAGGAGCGCCUGCCUUCAUUUCCUGGCUUUUACUUUUGGUUUUAUCCUGUGAAAAUCCAUAGUUAAGUGUUCCAUAAGUUGUCAUCAUGCUCUUCUCCGUAUGUCAGAAAAACUGAUUCAUUGUUUUAAUAAUAACCCCAAAUGUAGCACAUAAGAUAACGAGAGACUAAGUGUGUUCCUCAUUUUGUUUGGUUUGUUUUCCUGGAAAUACAGCACUGAAAUAGUUCAAGCCGAAUGUGUUCUUUUGUUCAGCUUUGACUUUUACACCAAUACUUGAAAAUGGGUCAGUUCUGGCAAAUAUGUAAAACUGUGAAAAUGCACAACACUGGGGGGGAAACAACCCCUGGAAAAAUAUAUAUAAAAGGUCUUUUUCAUGAAUAAAUAAAAUGUACAAAUACUAAA